UGACGGAUGCAGAGAUAGAGAAGAGGGGGAGGACAAGGGAAGCACAGAUUGCUGCGAAUCCAGACUUCAGCGGCAGCCUAAUUUUCACCACAGUAGAGGACCUUUUGUCAUCUGCCUCAUCAUGUUGAGGAAGGGCUCAGAGCUGCUGAAGGGAGACAGAGAGGUCCUCCUGAAUCUGGACUACGAGGCUGAAGUGCAAACCACAGAUGGCUAUGGGAGCCUGCAGAAUGGGAGCUACAUCCCACCUAGAUGUCUUGCAGCCGCAGCUGUUGACGAUAUGGGUGGUGAUGAUCCCAUGUAUAGUCACUGUAAUACAAGAAGUAACCAGUCAGUUCCACAGCUGGGGAACUACUUCAGAGAUGGAAGAACCAAAAUCGACUUUGUCCUGGUGUGGGAGGUUCGCUCGCAGAGGAAACGACGAGGGAAGGGGAAGAGCCAGGGGACCGCUGAGGAGGGGGAAGCAGCGCCAAAAGAGGAGAACAGCAGGUCUGAGCGAAGGAAGGCACAGCUGGCACAGUGGAGGGAGAAGUUUGUUCAGAAUCUGGAGAGUGCUGGGUUGCUCAUGGAAAAGGAGGAAACGGCGAAUGAAAAGAAAACGAUACAUUUUCUGAAACUUAGCGCUCCUUGGGAUGUGUUGCUGUAUUACGCUGAGGAACUCUGUCUGAGAGCUCCAUUGCAGGCACAGCCAAACCUGGACUUAAACACAUCUGCUCAGGUUCUGAAGAGACUAUGCAUACCUAACGUAAUGAUGGAGUCAGUGCCAAACAGGCCGCUGGACUAUUACACAUGUGCCUUUCGCAAGUCAAAGAUGAACAGGUUUCUUGGCUGCAACGACCAUGAAUCCUACUUCACUAAUACACAGAGACACCGUGUUGUCUAUGAGAUUCUUGCCAGGACGGUGUACGGCAAAAGGAAGGGGGCUGAAGUUGGUGUGGACAGACUGGUAAAUGAAGGGGUGUACAAAGCAGCUUUCCCGUUGCACGAGGGCCCCUUUCAGCUUCCAAAGAAUGAGAUCCGUCCUGACGAGCUGAACCAGAGGCAGAUUCUUUACCACUACUGGGCCCGCUGGGGCAAAUGGUACAAGUACCAACCACUGGACCACAUCAGGGAGUACUUUGGAGAGAAGAUUGCACUCUACUUUGCCUGGCUGGGUUUCUACACAGCCUGGCUGCUGCCGGCGGCUGUGGUUGGAACCCUGGUCUUUGUGUCUGGAGUCAUGUCCAUGGGUACCAACGCACCCGCUAAGGACAUCUGUAACAGCGGAGGUAGUUAUCUGAUGUGUCCUCUCUGUAAUACAUGCAAGGCCUGGAACAUGUCUGAUAUCUGCACUAUGGCCAAGUUGGGCUACUUAUUUGACCACCCAGGUACAGUCCUCUUCAGUGUGUUCAUGUCCUUCUGGGCCGUAACCUUCCUGGAGUACUGGAAGCGAAAGAUGGCCACCCUGGCCCAUCACUGGGACUGCAUGGACUUCCAUGAAGAAGAGGAGCGUCCUCGUCCAGAGUUCGCAGCCAUGGCCCCGACUAUGGAACAAAACCCAGUGACUGGGGUGAAAGAGCCCUACUUUCCAGAAAAUACCAGGUUGUCCCGGAUGUUCACUGGCUCCAUGGUCAUCAUUAUGAUGCUGUGUGUGGUGAUGAUUUUCCUGGUGACGGUGGUCAUGUGCCGAGGGAUCAUCAGCUUGAUGAUGUUCCGCACCGGGAGCCCCGUCCUGCGUACGGAGGCAGGGACCAUAGCCAACAUCUCUGGCAGUAUUGUGAAUCUGGGCCUUAUCCUGUUGAUGGGGCAGGUCUACACUGCAUUAGCUGAGCAGCUCACUAAAUGGGAGAUGCACAGAACACAAACCCAGUAUGACAAUGCCUUCAUCUUCAAGGUGUUCAUCUUCCAGUUUGUCAACUUCUACUCGUCCCCCUUCUAUGUGGCUUUCUUUAAAGGAAGGUUUGUGGGUUACCCCAGCAACUAUGGGACCUUGUUUGGGAUGAGAAAUGAAGAUUGUGGUCCUGGUGGUUGCCUCAUUGAACUGGCUGAGCAACUCUUCAUUAUCAUGGUGGGAAAGCAACUCAUCAACAACAUUCAGGAGUUCAUUAUCCCUAAAGUGAAGGCCUGGAAGCAGAAGAGGACUUUGGCCAAGGUACUGGGGAAGAAUGCAUCCCAUGAGCCUCGGCGCUGGGAGGAAGACUACAAGCUGGUGGAGUGUGAGGGCCUGUUCGAAGAGUACCUGGAAAUGGUGCUCCAGUUUGGGUUCAUCACCAUCUUCGUGGCAGCGUUCCCCCUCGCUCCGCUCUUCGCCCUCCUCAACAACUGGGUGGAAAUCCGCCUGGACGCCCACAAGUUUGCGUGCGAGUACCGCCGGCCGGUGGCUGAGCGCGCCCAGAACAUCGGAGUCUGGUUCAACAUACUGGAAGCCCUGUCGCACCUGUCCGUCAUCGCCAACGCUUUCCUAAUAGCCUUUACAUCAGACUUUUUACCUCGUCUGCUCUACCAGUUCAAGUUUGGUAACGAUCUCAGUGGAUACGUCAACUUCACCUUAGCUUACGCCCCACUGAACUACACUGAGAACCCCAUGUGCAGAUAUAAAGCAUACAGAGACGACGAUGGAAACUACUCACUGUUCUUCUGGGAGCUUCUUGCCGUCAGACUUGGUUUUAUCAUUGCUUUCGAGCAUGUGGUGUUCUUCGUGCUGCGAGCCAUCGACUGGAUCGUGCCUGAUGUCCCCGGGUCCCUGGAGCUGAAGAUCAAGAGAGAGCGCUACCUGGCCAAGCAGGCUCUGGCCGAAAACCAGGAAGCUCUGUUGGUGAGUCGAGGCCGAGGGGCCGCCCCUGCCACUCCAGUCACAUCCAGCCCAGUGAAUGUUGCUGGAUGAGGGCAGGUGAGUACUACACAACACCUUAGUAAAUGGCAUUCUCGAGAAGGAUGUCAGCAUUUCAGUAACCACAGCAGAAUUGAUCAAAUGAAAAGGAACAUAAGUUCAUUACUCAAUCACUGGCAUUGAAUCAUGGACGGCGCAACACACACAGCACAACAGCACUGUAACACCUCUUAUCAUUUCUCGACAAAACUAUGUUAUCAAUUGAUAUAUGUGAUAAAUAAGUAACAUAACAGAAUAGCGAACAGAAUAUCUGUAAAAGAUAGGGCCCCAGUGGUGCUAGAAAAGAUAGUUGCUGUUAUCAAGGGGCACACAAAUUCUAGUGGCGCUCCCUGUCUCUUUAUUUUGGAGCUGUUUGUCAUAGAUGUCGGCUGGGUGAUACAGUGAUACGUAAAAUUAUUGAAAGUGAUGAUUUGCGCAGUUACUUGUCUUCUACUGUAUUUUAGCACAAACAACUGUUUUGUUACAAUUUUGCUUGGAAAUCAUUAAUUUGGACAGCAGGUGCUUUCUUUGCAGCAUGACCGAUUGCCAGAUACAGUCUGUAAGCACAGGUCAUGGUUUUAGCCUCUGUAAAGGUGUAAUACUAUACCAAACCUGGCAACCUCCACAACAACAUUUUGUGAGGCUGCACACAGUCACUGUGCCCACCUGUUCAUCACGAAAGUGUAAACGCAUAAGUCCCCAAUAUUAUUACGAUUCAACAUGUUACUUAGUUAGCUUUAGAGGUGCUGCUAGGAUAGCUGUUGUGAUCUCCUUCAAGGCUGACAGCUAUGCUAGGCUAACCACAUCCAGACUCUAGCUUCAUACUGAACUCACAGACAUGAGAUUGACAUCAAGCUUAUAGUUACAUUCUCAGGAAGAACGCAAAUUGUCAUAUUUUACUAAAAUGUUUUAUUGCAAAUUUCACAAUGUAAAAAUAAUAGUAGCAGCCAGCUGUAACUUAGUAGCAUGUUGCAACAUAGAUUGUCUGUGUCAGCUUUUUUUCCCCCUCUCCACUCUUGCAGUAGUCAGUCUGACAGAACUAAUUCUCUCCUCUGUCUCUGUGCUCCUUCCCCAUUCCUUUUGCGUCCAAACCCAACUGCAUGGCCUCCCCUGAAGCAAGCGACGCGUCCUUUGGAAACAUGAGUUAGGACUCCAGCCCGGAAAGGUGCGAGUGGUUUGAGGGGAUAUUGGAGGAAUAAAAGACACUCCUUCACAUCUGGGAUAACAUGAGUGAACUUUGUCCCUGAGUGAAAUACUGGCGCUGCACUGGGAUUGUUUUCAUUUCAUUCACUAAUGUGCAUACCUCGGGGCAGACUUUAAUAUAAGCACGUGUGUAACGGAGGCUAAACUCACCUUUUCAUCUGGAGACCACAGUUCUUCAACACAAGUCUAAGACUUAUAUUUAGGCCUAUAGAAAUGUAUCUUCAGAUGUUCCAAAAUCGGUCUUUGAUCUGAAAAGGAUCCACAUCUUUCUUAUCCCUACGGGGUACUGACCCGACAGCAACCCAGCCCUAGCGGACCUGAAGGAAACGGAAGAAAAACACCCAGAACAUGUGAUUUAUACGGUUUGCUGAUGCGCUGCCCCCAAUUUGCUUUAAACCUGCAUACAUUUUUUGUCUUGGCAGAAAUGUAAAAGUAAUGUCUUAAUAUAUGUAUAGAUGAAUAGUGACAUUUAUUUGGCUAGUUUGUGGAAAAACUCAAUAGCGUCCGUGUCCAAAAUGCAACACUCACAAAGUAACAGGCAUAAUAUGUACCUUAGUGAAGCCACAUCUAUGCCAGUAAUUUAAGUCGUUGUGUUUCUAGUGGCUAACUAAAUUUGCAGCAUGAACUGUUAAUGCUAAUAGACUUCAUGUUCAGUUCAUUCUAGUUACAAUUUCACACUGACCUAAUACCUGCAGCAGUGUGCAUCAGACCCAACCGGAGUAUUAGUAUUACAUUGAUGCUAUAUGGUUUUAAUGACAUUAAAGAGUAACUUGAAUUCCCCUGAAAAUGUUGUGUUUGCUGAUCUCCAGUGGUUUAAGUUUUCACCUUGAAGCAGUUAUGUUCAGGUGUAUUCCAGGACCCUUGGACAUCACGGUUGGGUGUGGUUGCAGGUCUAGCAGAGUACACCCAACCACACCCAUCAGUGAAGCUGGGCGUGGGCAGAGGUGAAAUACAACUGUUGAGCUGUUUAGUUACUCUUUAAAGGGGCUCUCCUAUCAUUUAGUAUUGCACUUCUAUAAAGUUGAGGAACAAUGGAGCAAAGGCUGAGAUAUCCUGACUGAUCCCUGGUGUGGGUCGAACUUCAAAAACACUGGCUCCUAUUUUUCCCAUCAUGCAUGUCUCUCCUAAGAUUGUGCAAUUGUGCUACUAUAAUGCAUAAAGUUGACAGUGAGGGUGGGUUAGCGUGGUUGAGUAAUGCAUUUAGCGAGUUGGGCGUUAAUAACGGGUUGUGUGGGUGCGGGUAAUAAAUAAACCUACCAAGGUGCAAUUUCAAAAACAUCCAAUCACUGACCUUCAAAUUCUUUCACUGAUAACAAUCUCAAGCUUCAAUGAAUUCCCUCUGGGUCACGUUUGGCUAAAUCUGCCAACUAUGGCCUAUAUUUAGAGUCAACCACUGUGUUAAAAUGAUUUGAACUGAUGGCCAUGAACCUUUAGUAUCCUUGCAUUGUGUAGGACACUGUUGUGUUUCUAUGUCGAGGAGCACUGAGGAUAUUAUUAAAACUAAUAUUAGCACUCCCCCCAACUUCUCCCUGCCUGGUAAAUAUAUGCCUUUCAAACUGCACUUCCCCCAAACACUUGUAGUCUUUAAACCCAAGCAGAGAUAACUCAUCAUGACAUCAUUAGGGUUAUUUUCUCAGACUUGACAAAGUGCUGCAACAGUCAACAUUAAAGAACCUGUGUUCCAGGCUGUCCAGUACUCCCCAUAGUGAGUAAGCUGAUCAUCAUGUGUAAAAUCAGUGGAGUGCCCCUUUGAGUUUACAUUGUGGUUGUUUUUUUUCUGAUGGCCUCUGACUGGAGGUCAAAGUGCACCUACCUUUAACCACUAGCUGGCUUUUUUUCAGUUUUUUGUCAUUUUUAAUGAUUGUGAGCUGUUAUUAUUACAUAGAUUGUCUGUUGUCUUCAAUGUGACAAAGAGCAUAUAUAGACAUCUACACACUAGUAUGCAAAGUAUAUACACAUAUACUGUACAUGUGAACUGUGCUUGGAUGCUAGGCAUGUCCAUCUUUUCUACUUGAACUAUGGAGGAUCUCUCAGAGUUGCUGCUGUAAGAUACUGUAAACAGCAGUGAAAUAUAGGACAUAUUUUGAUGUGUGAGCUGUUUUGCAUUUAAAACCUUUUAGACCAAAAUAAAUGUAGUUUGAUGAAUGCAUAUGCCUCCUCAGCGUGGGAUUCUGAAAUGCUGAUCAUGUACUUUUCUCACUGUGCUGCAGGGAUAAACUGUAUGCUUACACGCCUUUCCAUCUACCUUCACAUUAUGCUUCUUCUUCCUCUCUGCAAACAGAAGAGACCUGCAGACGGAUAACAAGGAUGCUGAUUUAUUAGGAGUCAGACAGACAGGUGUUCGUUGAUGAUUUCUCUCUUCCUCUCCCUCCUCCCCUCACAAGCUAAACCAAUGGCUGUGGCUUUAGGCAACUCCUGACUUUUAUUUUAUCUUCUUCCCUUUUCUCCCCCUCUACCUCUGUCACCCUUUCUUCACCCUUUCCUGCACUCUCGCCUCCCUUUGUCUCUUUUAUUUAACUUCUAUCAUCCUUAUUUUUUUAUGUACGCACUCUCUUUCCCCUCCCUUUCCGCCUCUCUUAGCCACUUUAAUCUUCUGAUUGUUAUGAUUGCUGUGCGUUCCUCUGCAAUAGCCUGCAGGAAGAGUGAGUUAGUACUUGUCAGUGAGCACAGGUAUGCACCGUGGACACCUGCUGGCUUAUUCAAUGACUGCUGGAGCGAGGAAGGAGAAGCUCACAAGCACAGGCUGCAAAAUAAAGCUCCAAAUCAGCCACAAGGUAAUUGAUGCAGCAAACGAAACGCUGCAACACGGCAUGUCAAACGGCCAAAUAAAAAUUUAUUUUAUAAAUA